CCGGCGGCGCUUCCAGACCCGCGCGGCUCCUCGCUCGCAGCUCGGUGCCCGUAGGGGAAGGCAGGGGAGCCUCAGUGCCGGAUUGAAAGUAGCCCCUACGGGCCCCUGUUUUGUACCUGCAAAGGCUGCCGGGCUGGAGCGGGAGUUGUGCUCCUGUGCCCGAGAAAAUCCCGGGCAGUGGGGGCGUUCCUGCGUGGGGGAAGCGCUGCCUUCCCUGGGACCCUGCCCCUCCCAGCCCUGUCAGUCACUGCCAGAAUCAAAUUUUGGAAAGCACUUGUACGUUGAAGGCGAGACACGGUUGUUUUGAUAUCUCCUUGUUCCAGUAGGACUUACAGGUCUGAGAGAUGGUUCUUCCCCCAGACGACAGCAGGAUGUUGUGAUCCUGUUUCCUAAUACCUUCCAUAUCUUCUCUCCUUUUUUUUUCCCCCCUCUCCACCUCCCAAAAGUCACUUUCAAACAGAUAAUGUUUGAAAGAUGAUUUGUGUGUAUACUCCUACCAAGUAAUAAAUGAGAUUAUUUUAGAUGACAAGACAAAUAGAGUGCAAAUAUUUAUCUUUUAAGGACUCAGUAGAGUGAGAAUAUAGGCUGGAAAUACUUUGCGAUACACUCAGAUAGGUGAGGGGUCUCUCUAUCCACCUUUUUUUUAUCUUUCCUCUACCAGAAAAGUGGAGUAGGAUUUUUGUAAGAAAAGCAUGUCUGAGACUUGUAAAAUUCAAAAACCAUAUUGAAACAAUUAAGCCAUCAUUUUUAAUAUUUCACUAGAAGUCCCUUCUAUCCCCACUGGCUGAGAACUUUUGAAAAUUUAGGUAAUCCCUCCUUAGUUUUGGUGCUUUUGAAUGAUUUUGGGACAACAGUAUGCUUCUGUGAGACAAUUUGAACCUAAAGUAUGAGCUUUGAUACUUAAUUUUCAAUAUCCAUCUCAUUACUGUCUAACCUUGCAUACCACUGCAAAGUUGUGUGCAGUUUUUCUGUGGUAAAUUGUCAGAUACAGGUAGUAAAGAACAGGCUUGUAGCUGACACAGUGUAUAAGAAAGUCACGAUUUCUUUGACUUUAGUAACUGUAUCUAAGCUUCUUAAUUAUACCUAAUUUGAAGUUCUUGUAGGUUAAUCCCAGAGAUACAGACAUUUUUCCUCUCUUUGUAGAUGAAGUUGUUUAACUUUUGGAGAACAAGACAUGCCGAAAUAACUCUAGGGUAACCUUUCUUGGAAAUAAAAGGUGGUUUAAGUGUUUGAGGUUGAUCACAUGGCAUGUGAUCUGUCCAGAAGCAAAUAUAAAUUUAUACCUCUCUUGCUUUGCUAUGCUUUCUUUCAGGAAAUGCUGGACUCUUAAGUACCAUCACUUUUGUGGCAGUGUUGCUGUACAGUUUUGUCAUGUGUAAUCGCUCUGGAAAUGCUUUCAAAAGUAAUACUGAAUUCUGUGGCCAAAUCUCAUGCUUUUGGAAAUAAUGCUGGAACUGGACUGCAGGGAAAACAUUACUUGACUCUGUGACCAACAUGUAAUUUUCUGCACCAGAAAACAAGAAAGAAACAGCGGUUGUUAACAAAUAAGCCAUGCCUGUUUCAGCUGAUGAAACUGUGGGGGACCUGCCUGUGAGAGUUACGGGUCUAACUCCAUCUGGAAUUGAAGGAUUACAAGAAUCAUCAACCACCAAUGUAAAAGCUCUACAAGCUGUACAGCAAAUCAUUUGAGAAGAACUGGAGGACAGGUUUCUUCAUAUACAUGAUGACCACGUCUUAUUCAAGCAGCAUACAAAUAAGCAAGAGGAGAAAAUUAAAAGAAUGACCACCAAGUUAACACAGCUUGUUAAUGGUAAAAAAAAGUCUGAACAGGUUGGUGGCGACCUCAAGUGGCCGGGUCAGGCCUGGAGCUGGAAGAAAGAACUGAGCAUUUGCAGGAAGAGUUCAUGGGCUUGAGAGACAAAACGAGAGCCUCUCUGCAGCAAACUGCUUUCAACUGACCAGCAGCUCCAGAUUCAAGGCCAUAGGCCUUGUCCACACAGCUGUGUUCAAUCUUUUCUUAACACUGGUCUCAGAAAAGUGAGUGAGGCUGCUGGCAGGCUGGAGCACGCAGGGGAAGGGCAUGUGGUACAGGAGGUUAAACAAGAAAGGCAAGCAGAUAAGGUGAAGGAGAUGGCUGGAGAAAUUCAACAGGAGAAAGAAGAGCUCUCACAUCUGUCAGAGGAGCAGUUAGCUGACCAAACACCAAUUACUUCUGGAGACGAGACAAAAAUAACUGAAGAAUUGGAACCAGAAGAUCAAGAUGGUAGACAAGAUGAGGAUGCUGUUGAAUCAAUAAAAACUGACAGCAAUGAUGGUAUUAUUUCAAGUCCAAAUCCACGAAUAUUAAACAGCUGAGUCAGUGAUCAUGGCAAUUAUUUGGAAGUUGAAAAGAUGUGGAUUAAAAUUACAUCACUUGGUCAUACUGAGUUACGAAUUACUUCAGAUGAAACAACCCAGCAGCUGUGUGUUGAAUGCAGAUGAAAUGAUUUCCUUGCAGAGGACACCCCACUGUCACUUCCCAAAGCAACAGGUGGUCAGAGGAGUCACUGUAAGUGUAGCACUGUGAUAUAUGUGGCCAAGGCAGAUAAUUGUGCAGAAAAAGAGUAUCUCAAGUCUGUUCUUCUAAAGCCAGAUCUACACACUGACAUGUUAAAAAUUUGUGUGGUCAGUGAUCCCCCAGAAGAUGAACAGGAUCUUGAAUGUGAAGAUAUCAGGUUUGCUCUGGUCAGUUUGAAAGAGAUGUUCCAGAAGCAAAGAAAUAUCAUUGAACGAGACAUUGAUGUUUUUGAUUCACGAGAUGAUGGUGCAGUAACUGGGGAGCUCAAAGUAGCCGUGGAGGCCCCUCCACGCGCCGCGUUCGGCCUGUGAGGAGCGCGAAGACGACUCCGAGGCAUGAAAGGAAGUUUG